AUGGAAGCGGUUCUGUCUGCGGCUGCAGGUGAUCUUGUUAGCAGAUUUUUCUCCUUUUUGGUAAAUAUGUAUUGGGUCCCUGCACGCUUGGAGGAGCAGCAUAUGGAGAGGCUGCAGCAACUCCUGCUGAGAGCUCACACAGUUGUCGAGGAGGCGGAUGGGCGGUACAUCACCAACUCUGGUAUGCUUAUACAACUUAAGAUGCUAGCUAGGGCUAUGUACCAGGGUUAUCACGUGGUAGACACCUUCAAGUGCAAACAACUAGUCAAAGAGAGGUCUGAGGAAGUGAUGGAUAGAUCAUUAGUGUCAUAUAUUGGCACUCCGCUGAAGCGCUUUCGUGCCAACGCUGGUGUAUCGAAUCACAAAGUUGACAGCAGUUGUGACCUACAAGGUGCCUUGUUAAAUUUAGAAACUGCCAUUUCUAAUGUCACUGAGUUUGUUAUACUUUUGAGCGGAUGCGAACGAAUGGUUCGCAGACCCUAUGACACCUAUCUUUAUGUUGACAACUUCAUGUUUAGUCGUCGAACGGAGAAGCAACAAGUUAUCAAUUUCUUGUUACAGCAUAACUCUCUUGGUUCUCCACCCGUGCUUCCAAUCGUUGGUGGAAGCCUAGUUGGGAAGAAAACUCUGGUAACAGAUGUAUGGAAUGAUGAGAAGGUGCGUAGUUACUUCUCUUCUGUUCUGUACCUCAGUGGAGCCAACUUCACUAAAAUAGACACUGAAAGGUGCACAUCAGGGAGAAUAUUGGUUGUUGUCACACUUGUUUCAGAUGUAGAUGAUGAGGAUUGGAAAUCUUUCUACCGAGCGGUGACAUCCAUAAGAGUAGAAAGUAAGGUUAUAAUCAUAAGUAGGAUGGAAAGUUUGACAAGAUAUGGUACCGUGAAGGCAAUUUACCUAAGUAAAUUACAAGAUGAGGAGUACAACUACUUCUUCAAGACACUAGCAUUUGGCAGUGCACACGCAAAGGACCACCCAAAUCUAACACUGUUGAUAGGAGAGUUCAUCAAGUUAUUGGGUGGGUCAUUUGUGGGAGCAUAUUCAAUUGCCAAUAUAUUGAGGAGGGAUCUAAGCCUUCAAUUCUGGCUUUGCAUAUUGAACAGAUACAAGAAUGUGACAAAGGCCAACUUAUCGAUGUUUGGUGAGCAUUUGUCGGUCCGUGUUAGAAUACGAUAUCCAGUAGAUUUCACCAACUUUCUACCUGCGCCAGCUGCUCCGCUACUCCUUAUGCCUCCUCGAACUGAAGCCGAGGCUUUCGAAAGGAAACUACCGAAGAUAAGGAUUGGAGACCUCGUUGUAGAUCCUACCCUUCGUCCCAAGGGUGAGUUCGAUUUAGUGACAUGGGAAUCACAGAUACCCCCUUAUACUGAGUUCAUUUACCAUGUCCCUUCUUGUGCUCAAAGGCAGCCUAAAACAACCUUACGGAGGAAGCGUGAUGCAUAUGUUUGUCUCUAG